AUGGAGAAUUUGUACUAUAUUGUUCUGGUUUUUAUCAUCUUAUACAUGAUUACUAGACAUUUCAUUCAUAAGUUUCUUAAAUACCCUCCAAGGCCAUUUUUGUCUAUACCCAUAAUUGGGCAUUUGUAUCUUGCAAAGAAGCCAAUGCACCGGACCCUGGCCAAAAUUUCAAACAAGUAUGGUCCUGUCGUGUUUCUUGAAUUUGGUUCACGCCAAGUCCUCCUUGUGUCAUCUCCUUCUGUAACUGAGGAAUGUUUUACAACCAACGAUUUGGUCUUUGCAAAUCGGCCAAAGUUGCUUGCAGGGAAGUACCUUGGUUACAAUUACACUACGCUUACGUGGUCCUCAUAUGGACCACAUUGGCGGAACUUAAAAAGAAUUGUGACGCUUGAAGUCUUGUCAAAUAAAUGUAUUCAGAUGUUUACAGAUAUUCGUCGUGAUGAGAUUGUUGCUUUGAUUUCUAGCUUAAGCAAACGGUCUCAAAAGGGUCAAUGGGUGGUCGUGGAUAUGAAGUCGUGGCUUUUUAAGGUGACUUUGAAUAUGAUAAUGAGGAUGAUCACGGGAAACAAGGAUGAACCCGAGGCAAGAAAGUUUAAAGAAAUGGUGGAGGAAAGUUUUGCGUUAAGUGGAGCGUCCAAUAUUGUAGAUUUUGUGCCAAUGGUGAAGUGGAUGGGUUUGAACUCGAUGGAAAAGAAAAUGGAGAAACUAAAUCAAAUGAAGGAUUCUUCUGCUCAAGAACUGGUUGAAUUGCAUAGAAGAAACAGAGCUGGUUCUUCUUUGGAAGCAAGUACGACAAUCAUUGAUGUUCUCUUAUCCCUCCAAGAGACCGAACCAAAAUACUAUACUGAUGAAAUUAUCAAAGGCUUAAUUUUAGUCAUGAUAUCAGCAGGGACCGAUACUACAGAAGGAACGCUAGAAUGGGCUUUAUCGCUACUAUUGAACCAUCCAGAUUCUCUAAAAAAGAUGAGUAAUGAAAUUGACAACAACGUUAGUUCAUCAAGACUUAUGAACGAUUCUGAUCUUUCUAAUCUUCCAUACCUUAAUGGAGUUAUAAACGAAACACUCCGUAUGUGCCCAGCUGCUGCACUCAUUCCACCUCACGAAUCUAAAGAAGAAUGCACAGUAGGUGGUUAUCGUGUCCCAUCAGGAACUAUACUUUUGGUCAACCUUUGGGCUAUCCAAAAUGACCCGAAGUUGUGGAAGGAACCCACAAGAUUUAUCCCAGAUAGGUUUGUUGAUGUUGAAGGGCAGAGAGAUGGGUUUAAGUUUAUGCCAUUUGGGUCGGGGCGAAGAGGGUGUCCUGGUGAAGGAUUGGCUAUGCGAAUGGUUGGGUUAACUUUAGGGACACUGGUUCAGUGUUUUGAAUGGGAGAGAAUCAGCACUGAGAAAGUAGACAUGACUGAAGGGCCUGGUCUAACAAUGCCGAAAGCCCACCCUUUGGUUGCUAAAUGUAGACCUCGCUCACACAUGGUGAAACUUUUUUAG